AUGCCUGCAAUUCGACCGGUGAGAACCAAACGCUUUGAUGUCCCAGAUCCACAACCAAACUCUCCCAAUGAACGGUUUUUUGACGUGCUAUGGCGCUGGUCAGCGUUGGACGACGCUGUAGCCUCAAUUUGGAUUGAUGACCUUCAGGUCGUACCUGAGGUACCAUCAGCCACGGACAUCUCGAUCUUGACUCUACAUCAAACCCAGACUGAGAAUUCGAACUCAAGGACGAACAGUCUCCCGUCUUCAAAUACCAUGGACACCUCGAUCUUGACUCUACACCAAAACCAGAGUGAGAAUUCGAAACCAAGGACGAACAGACUCCCGCCUUCAAAUACCAUGGAUACCUCGAUCUUGACUCUACACCACCAAAACCAGAGUGACAGUUCGACACCCGAUAGACUUCCGUCUCGAUCCAAGAAAUACUGGCCUCUCAAGUUCUGCUUUCCAAUUUGA